CCAAAAUACUUCAAAAUACUUGAACUCUUGAAGGGGGGCUAAAAAAAAAAUAGAGAGAGAAGAAUGGAGCUACAAGAAUUUCUUCACAUGAAUGAAGGUGAUGGAGAACUUAGCUAUUCUCAGAAUUCUUUCGUACAGAAAGGAGUGAGUUUAAUGGGCCAAUCUUUGCUAGAAAGUGGAAUUCAAUCUCUCAUAUCAGAUGGUGGAAGCCCAAAUGAGGCCCUUAAAGUGGCUGAUUUGGGCUGUGGAGUGGGCCCUGUUCCAUUGGCUUUAGUAGCAUUGGUGAUAGAAAAUGUUGGAAAGAAAUGCAAGGAAUUAAAGUGGGAUGAAAAUGGUGAAGUGCCUGAAAUUAUUAUUUACUUGAAUGAUCUUCCUUCAAAUGAUUUUGGUUUGUUGUUUAAAGAUUUGCUGAAUAUGGAGGAAUUAAAAAGAAAAGAUGGUGUACCAUUUUGUUUCUUAAUGUCUACUCCUGGAUCUUAUUAUGGCAGACUUUUUCCUAGGAAUUCUUUGCAUUUUGUUCAUGCAAAUUACACCCUUCACUGGUUAUCUCAGGCACCAUCAGAGCUCUAUAGUGAAGAAGGUAUACCAAUAAACAAGGGGAACAUUUACAUAUCCGAGACAAGCCCUAAGAUUGUUGCAAAAGCUUACUCGGCUCAAUUCGAACAAGACUUCACCUUAUUCCUCAAGUGUCGUUCUCAAGAAGUACUAUCCAAGGGUCGUAUGCUCUUGACUUUUCGAGGUCGGCCAUCGGACUCGAACGGGACAACUUGGCAACCAUGGGAACUCAAAAUCUUUGCUCAAGCCAUCACUUGUCUUGUUUCUCAGGGAUUGAUCAAGGAAGAGAAGCUAGACACCUUCAAUUUCCCAUAUUAUAGCCCUUGCAAAGAGGAAAUUGAAAGCAUACUAAAAAUUGAAGGUUCAUUUGAACUCGAGAAUACAAGUGCAAUUGCACAUCAUGUUGCUAAUGAAAUUAAGGACAAUUGGGAGAGAGCUGAAGCCAUAGGCAAAUUCAUGAGAUCUUUUUCCGAAUCCUUGAUUUCGCGUCAUUUUGGAGAAGACAUUUUAGAUUUAUUGUAUGAGAAAUUCAACAAGCUUACAUUUCAGCAUUUAGCGAAUGGAGAACUUGCUGAACAUUGCACCAUUAUCAUGUUACUUAGGAAGAUUUAGUCCUUUGAUUCUAAGUACUCGAGAGUUGAGAGUACAAGUAAAUCCUCAAUAAGAAGAACAAAUCACAAUUAUCAUAUUGCUUAUGUAAGACUUCAUGGACGAAGAUGUUUUAAAAUAAUCAAAUGUGCUUUGGAAUUCUG